AUGAGCGCACAUACAGAAGGAUGGCGAGCAGUGUCAGAAGGAACUAAAGGACCUGGGGAACUUUUAAGCCAGGAAUACGACCUCUAUGUGAAAGGUUCAGAAUUGAAAAUGAAUGGAGAAGUCGUAGCUAAAGGGAUAGCUUUAGGAUGGGUAGGAGUAACUUGGACCAAAUACCAUCCUGAAGGCGAACCACCCAAACCAAGAGAGAAAGACUAUGCAUAUGAAUGGAGAACUGAGCAAUGGAAGCGAAUAUUCGUCACAAGGCCCUAUAUUGAAGAAAUAGACGACGAACACAUCAUUACAAUGAACUACAAAUACGAACAGAAGCCAGUCGACUGGGAAAACAAACCAGACGCGAUGGAAGUUGACCAACUGGAAGUGAAGGAUGAGGGCAAAAUAGAUAUGGAGAUGGAUGAGUCUGUCCUCUAUGUCGAAUGCCAUAAUGUCCAGAACUUCACUGACCAUCGAACAAUCUCAGUCACUGAAACUGAUAAUGGAGUAACUAUUGAUGACGACCUAUGGAAGUGGGAGGAUAUUCAGCGAACACAGGCAAGAUUUACUCAAGAACCCCGAGGAAAUCAAACCCCAUACCAUUGGAAAGGCCCAGACCAUAGAUGUUGGCAUAAAAUACCAUUGCUUGAUAAUGAUAUAUGCAGAGAAUGUGUAAUCGACCUCCAAGCUAUGACUAUCCUAUCCAAACUCCCAGACAAUAUCUUAACCAGAUGGGAAAAAGAAAAGAAGAUUAAAGCUCGACACCGCCUCCUACCAGUAAAAGGGAAGUCACCCAGAUUCCCAGCAGCAUGGCAGACGUUUAAAAACAUUCAUGCCCGACGAUGGAAAGACACUGCAAGAAUCCUGAAGGAAAUCGGAGAGGAUUACAUCAUCUACGCAGCGGAAGACAAAACAGUUAGAGGAAUGGAGCAGAUUCCCACUGAAAUCGAAAUACGAGUCCAACCAGAACGAACCUUAUUAUUGAUACCAUUAGAAGCUGAAACACGAUUUAUAGUUCAAGCACAGACCUUAGAAAAUGAACAUCGAAUAACAGUCCUAGUAAUGUCAGAUAAACGAGUAGUAGUUAAGAAAGGAGAAGCAAUAGCCCGCCUGAGUACUUUACCUGGAGUGAUGAAGCACCCCAGUAAGGUAUUGGUAGGCCAGAAGAUCGAAACUACACCAGCGCCUUAUACUCAGAACAUUACACUGGAACAGAAAGAGAAGUUGGAUCAGUUGCUGAAAGAAUACGAGUCAGUGUUUUCAAAAGACUUGAUGGACUUGGGACACACUACAACUAUCAGACAUAAAAUUGACACUGGAAAUGCUAAACCAUACCACCAAUGGAAAAACAGAGAAACUUGGUGUAAUCAGGCGUUCAUCAAAGAAGAAGUCGCCAGAAUGCUCAAGGCUGGAAUAAUCGAGAAACUCGACAUCGAUAAACCAGACGAAAUGCGACGUUCUAAUGCUUGGGUAUCUCCAGUGGUCGUAGUGCAGAAGAAAAAUGGAAGCUUACGGUUUUGUGUUGACUAUAGAGAACUCAAUGCCGUCACAGUCCCAAAUCGGCAUCCGUUCCCGGUAAUGGCAGAUGUUAUCGCAGAUAUCGCUAAAGAUGGAAAGAAUCCACAAGUAUUUUCAGCACUCGAUCUAGCAAGCGGUUAUUGGCAAGUAGAAGUGGAACCAGAAGAUCAGCUCAAAACAACAUUCACUUGCCCACUAGGACUAUUCUAUUUCAAACGAUUACCAUUCGGACUCAAGAAUGCUCCAGUUUCAUUUCAAGCGAUGAUGGAAGAUAUUUUCCAGGAGGAAAUCAACAUAGGAAGAUAUUUAGCUGUGUAUAUUGAUGAUCUCAACAUCUACUCUGCUGAUUUUGACCAACACUUAGUGCAUCUAAGAAACAUAUUUGAGAAGUGCAAGAAGUACAGAUUAAAAUUGAAGAGAGAAAAGUGCAAAUUCGCUUGCGAAGAGUUAGAAUUCCUUGGACACGUGAUCAGUAAAGAAGGCCUAGCACCGGACGAUAGAAAGAUUGAAGCCAUAGCCGAAUAUCCAGCGCUGACAAAUGUGAAAGAAAUCCAAUCAUUCAUGGGAAUGGCAGGAUUUUAUCGACAGUUUAUACAAGACUUUUCUGAAAUAACAGAACUAUUGAAAAAAGGAACGCUGUUCAAGUGGAGUAAAGAAUGCCAGGAUGCGUUCGAAACUCUGAAGACUUGCCUAAUUAAUUCACCGAUCUUAAUAAUGCCGAACGACCAAGACCGAUUCACUUUAAUGACCGAUGCCUCAGAUUUUGCCUUAGGAGCCGUCUUAGGACAAGAUCAAAAUGGAAAUGACUUUGUAAUUGCCUAUGCCAGUAAAAAAUUGAACCCUACCGAACAGAAAUACCACAUUAACGAAAAGGAAGGAAUGGCAGUCGUAUGGGCCAUCCAUAAAAACUAUCGACGAUUCUUACAUGGAAGACAUUUCCGAGUAAUUACUGACAGUACUACGGUCAGUGCAAUGAUCAGGAAGACUAAGCCAAUUUCGAUGCGAGUAGCCAGAUGGGUAAUGAUUCUCCAAGAAUACGAUUUCGAAAUGAUUCACAGAAACGGCACCUGGAAUAAGGUUGCCGACGGCCUUUCAAGAAAUCCUUCGCAUCAAAAGUAA